CUACAGCAGUCAGGGCGGUGCCUGACUAUAAAGUCUCUGCUGCACUUCUUCCCGACCUCUGAACAUUGCCACCUACCUCUGCCGACCACGCACGUCUAAAUACAUCUCAGCAGCCAUGCCAUCAGAACUGGAGACAGCCAUGGAGUCACUUAUCAAGGUGUUCCACCGGUACGCCUCUAGGGACGGUCGGAACGGCACACUCAGCCGGCGAGAGCUUAGAGAGUUGAUGGAGAACGAGCUGUCUAACUUCCUCCAGUCUCAGAAGGACCCUGCCGCUGUAGACAAAAUCAUGAAGGACCUGGACACCAAUGGUGAUGGCCAGGUGGACUUUGAGGAAUUUGUUUCUCUGGUUGUUGGACUCUCGAUUGCCUGUGAGCAGUGCUAUCAGAUGCACAUGAAGAAGAUGGGGAAGAUGUAAACGACAAAAGAGAGGAGAAAAAACAAAAAUCAUUUAAAGUUUUGUAAAGUUUGUUAAUCAAAUACAGUGAAGAAUUU